AUGCAAUCUCAACUCACACUCGUAGAACGACUCCCGAGUUUCUUUGUGGAACCUGGCGUUCUACAACCCACGUCGGCAUCGAAACUACUCUACCUUACGCCUGACAAUGUCAAGCGAUGCACCAUUACGCUUGACUUGAAGGACUCUGAACAGACACAAUACAUUGUUAACAGUAACUCGGAGCUAACGUAUAUGCAUGUUCGAAGACCCUACGAUCCGCCCGACCAACCUCUUGCCGUCCUCCACCGGAGAGACUUUCUGGCGGACAAGAUCUCAUUUUGCGGCGGUGAGAAAAUCAAGGUGAAGGACUGGUUGAAGCCUUUGAAGGCGUUCAGCCCAUUUCCAGUUGCUUUCGAAGCAAACGAUACCAUGUAUGUAUGGGAUGCUAGUAUAGUCGGGCAGCUUUCGAUGUAUAAAGCGUCAGAGCCUGAUACACCGAUUGCUUGGUUCCAGAGUUCUCGCAAGUUGGUGAUGGAUGGUGUCCCAACGGUGCUCCCAGCAUUUCUUGUCCUCCAACCUGAUGCUGCCGACAUUCAAGACUUAACGGUCAUCUCAUUCCUGAUUCUUGAACACAAGAUUAGGAUGAUCAACAAGCGCACCGAGCUCAUCAGCGGUAGGGCUAUACACAGCGGCUCUAUAUCGGCCACGACUUAG